AUGGACUCUGCCUUCCAGAGGACCAGGGCUGUGCUUGCGAGCACGCUGCCCGGCGUCGAGGUCAGGCAGUGCCACCGCCUGGAGGCGGGGGCCGCGUUGCAGCACGUGGACGUUGUGGUCCCCAUCGCCGUGCCCAUCACGGCCGGGAUGCUGGGGGCAGCACCCCGCCUCAAGCUGAUCAUCCAAUUCGGGGUGGGGGUGGACGCCAUCGACAUCCCCGCCGCCACCCGCCUGGGCAUCACCGUGGCCAACAUCCCGUCCCUCGGCACCGGCAACGCGCUCAGCGUGGCGGAGCACGCCAUCUUCCUCGCGCUGGCCAGUCUGAGGCACCAUGGCGCCAUGCGCCGCGCUCUGGAGGCCCAGAGGCUGGGCGUGCCAGAGGGGCUGACCCUCUGGGGCAGCACGGUGCUCGUCGUGGGCUAUGGCAACAUUGCCCAGGAGCUGGUAACCAGGCUGCAACCCUUUGGCUGCCGCGUGCUCUGCCUCCGUCGCAGCGCCUGGCCAGAGCCCAGAACCGGCACCGCCGCGGAUCUGGAGGAUGUGGGAACCUUCCCAGACGACGUCCCGCGGCUGGCAGCGCAGGCCGACGUCGUCAUCCUGACCUGUGCCCUGAACCCCUCCAGCGUCGGCCUGGUGGGCGCCAGCUUCCUGGCGGCCUGCAAGCCGGGCGUUCACAUCAUCAACAUCGCUCGGGGUGGCCUGCUGGACCGGGCGGCCGUAGCGGCGGGCCUGCGAGACGGCACCAUCGGCGGCAUGGGCUUGGAUGUCUACUGGGACGAGCCGCUGGGGUCGCACCCCUCCCACGAGGGCGACGGCAUCGCAGACCACCCCAGCGUCUAUCUUACACCCCAUGUGGGGGGGAUAACCAGCGUGUCAUACCAAGACAUGGCCGAGAUUCUGGCUGGGGAGGUGCAGAGGCUGCUGCAGGGCAAGCUGCCCUCCCACCCCCUGAACCAGCCGGUGGAUGCUCGGCUGCCGCUUGCCUGCCGGGCGCAUGCGAUGGCAGGGGUGGAGUGA